CUUAACCGGAAACGGACCCAUUUUGCUGCCGUACCGCCUGUCGCCAUUUUCAAAACGACGAAAGCUUUAUUGCGCAGAGCAGUUGUUCAGCGACGAAGUUUAAAUAAAGAGACGGAUCGUUUGAAUAAUUCAAGAGGGGCGGGACGGCCAACAGGAUGCUAGAGCUGCCGAACUACAGCAGCCAGCUGAUGCAGCAGCUGUGGGCCCUGAGGAAGGAAGGCCACUUCUGCGACUGCACCAUCCUGGUGGGAGACAGCCCCCACCGCGCACAUAAACUGGUACUGGCCGCCUCCAGCAUGCUCUUCAGGUCUCUCCUGGACGACUCCGACACCAUCUCCAUCGACACAGCCAUGGUGUCCUCGCAGGAGUUCAGCUGUCUGCUGGACAUGGUCUACACCGGCAAGCUGCCUCUCGGCAAACACAACGUGGGCCGCAUUGUCGCCGCUGCAGACAGCCUGCAGAUGUUCGACGUGGCUGUCGGAUUCAAAAAUGUCCUUACCAGUCUUGUGAGAAAACAAGUCCCAGUCCCAGUCCCACCCGUCACUACACAGGCCCCGGCCCUCACCAUGAUCAACAAAGCCCAAAGCAUGACCCCUGAAGGUCCCGCUGUACCCGGGGAGGACUCGACUCUACACAAAACAGAGCCUGGCCCUGAGCUGAAGAAGAAAGAGGCUCAGAGGGACAAUAAGGACCAAGAGGAACCAGCAUGUAAAAAGGCCUGCGUGGAGCUCUCCGAGUCGUCAGGCACAGAAGGAGAACAAGCCACCGAAAAGGUAGAGGAAGAGCACAACAGAACGGCGGCCGAGGCAUCGGACGAGCCUGCCACUGGUUUCCUGGAACAUUCCUCUCAACUUGUGGAGCUCCUCAGCAGCAUGCCGUCUGCCCUGGAGCUGCUGAGCCAGGCAGCGCAGACAAGUGUGGACGAACAGGAGAGACAGGUUGUGAGUCAGUGCUGUGAGGAGGCGGGGGCAGACCCCAGGUCAGCGCUGGAGAUGCUGCUGAGCAGAGUGAAGGCCGGCCAGCUCAGUGAGGGAGCGCUCUUUGGGCUACUCCGGGCCAUUCAACACAAAACCCCCUCCUCCUUCCCUUCCCCACUGCUCCUUCUGCUGGAGGAGGUGGAGAGGAACUCCCAGCAGCCAGAAGGAAGCCAAACUGGAGAUGACUCAGAGAAGCGGAACGCCACCAGCAGUAAAGAGCAGCAGCAGGAGGAUGAGGAGGAGGAGGGAAGCAUUAAGGAGGAGACCGAGGAUGAUGAGAAGGUGGUUGAUGCUUCGCCAGACUCCUCCCCGCCACCCUCCUCCUCGUCUCCCUCCAAGCCCUACCCCUGUCGCUGGUGCAAGAAGGCUUUUACCUACAAGUGUCGCAUGCUGGCCCACGUGAAGCGCUGCCCCAUGACACAGGAGUGUGAGCAGCAGUGCCCUCAGUGCCCGAUGAAACUGGCCACCCAGCGGGCCCUGCAGCGGCACCGGGCCGAGGCCCACCGCAUCACCACACGGGCCCAGAAGAUCAAGGUGGCCUGCGACCUCUGCGGGAGGACCUUCGCCCACCCAUCAGGCAUGAUUUACCACAAACGCACCGAGCACUUUGAGGAGAAACCUUUCACUUGUGAGGACUGCGGCGCAAAGUUUGGUGCCAACUCGUCUCUGAAGAAUCACAUGAGGCUGCACACGGGAGAGAAACCAUACCGCUGCAAACACUGUGACAUGAGCUUUGGUGUAGCUGCCGCACUUGCAUACCACACCAAGAAGAAGCACUCUGAGGGAAAGAUGUACGUGUGUCAGUAUUGCAAGGCGGUGUUCGCCCAGUCCAUUGAGCUGACGCGUCACGUGAGAACACACACUGGGGAUCGGCCAUAUGUGUGCAGAGAGUGUGGCAAAGGGUACAGCCAGGCCAGCGGACUCACCGUCCACCUGCACACCUUCCACAAUUUGUCGGAGCCUCAUGACUGUCAAAAGUGUUGCCUGAGCUUCUCCUCGCUUGAGGAGCAUCGCCAGCACAUCCAGGAAGUCCACCCAAAGGAGUUCCACAAGUGUCCCACCUGUAGCAAGAUGUUCACCAGUGCUGCUCUCCUGGACAAACACAAAGGCACGCACAGUGGGACCAAGCCCUUCAGCUGCGACCUGUGCAACAAGUCUUACCAGCAACUGUCAGGCCUCUGGUACCACAACAGGACCAACCAUCCGGAGGUGUUUGCUAACCACACCCGGCAGCUUAAGACCCUGGUCCAGUGUGACGUCUGCUUCAAGUUCUUUCCCAGCGCCGCCACUGUGGCCAAACACCAAGCCGCUGAGCACCAAGGUACAGGAGUUUGUCUGUCGCCGGCCGGGGCGGCGGCAACGCUGCAGUGUCCCUACUGCCCCUCCCUGUUGGGGGGGGAGGAGGAGAUGCAGGAGCACAUUGGCAGCCAGCAUGUUGGCCACAGCGCCGAUGCGUCCAGCUGCCCCCUCUGUUCCCUGGUCUGCUCCUCCCAGCUGGAGCUGCAGGACCACCUGCUCGCCAGCCACAUGGAGACCCAGGAGGCCGGGGAGGAGCGGGCCUCCACUUCCCACGCCGAGAUAUCGACGGAUCCAACAGACAACAGAGGGGCGGAGUCGUCAAUCCUCUCUGAGGAGCAGGCCCAGCUGGCAGCUGCCCAGCAAGUGUUUGUGGCGUUGACUGGUGGACAGGAGGGGGCGGAGUCUGCGGAUGUGGUGGAGGUCAACAUGUAUGACCUGCUGAACAGCUCGGUCACCUUCAUCUGUGAGGACAAGCCGCCAAGUCCUGACCCUUCGCCAUGAACUCUGACCGCUGGAGGUUUAGUAGAGAGCAGCAUCCUGGUGUGAUGACUCUUCUGGUCAUUAGAAAGCUACAGCAGGCUGCACUGACACAACUCGCAAGCUUAGGACUCAUCCAUGUUCGGCCCACCAUCAGCGUCUGCGUGGCAGUUUGAAUUUAACGUGGUGUGUUUGACUUUAUAUUAUAUACAAAAACCCGGGUCGGCUAAAGCGCUGUGUUAAACACAGACGCACCUGAACCAACCUGAGCUUCGUUGCGCUGCAUCUCCAGUUCCUAACACAGCGACGGAAUAUGGACACAAGAGCAGGUGAGUGUGCGGCCACGAGUGGUCUCACAGAGGCCGGCUCAUCGCCACAGCACUAAGGGAGAGUCUGAGCUUUGUCUCUUUAAGCCAAUCACAGUGAGGGUGCCUAUCAAUGUAGGUAUGUGCCUGGCUUAGACCAAGUGUGUGUACUACACACACAUGAAGGUCACUGAGGAAGAGGUGGAUAUACUCUGCAAUGUGUAAAGCAGCAGAAAAGAGAGCUUGUGCUUCUACUUCCAGGCUGUACCCGGUGAGUCAGACCAGGCCAUGAGUUAGAAAAUAUUUUUAUGGACCACACUUUCACUCUUGGUUCAUCAAGCUUUUUAAAACUUUGCAAACCCACUUUACUCAUUUGCGCUCCAAAAUGAGGGUUAUGAAUUAUGAGAAGAAUGCCACUUUUUUUCUGAUGUGUCAAACGCCUUUGUUUGUAAUUACUAUGUGCAAGUGUCUAAGAGUAUAAUUUGGAAGAUCCACAAUCAUAUUGAUUGUAUUUAAUAAAUGUCUUACAUAUUUUGUAUACUGCAUUUGUUUGGAUUCCUAUGACUUCACAGUUUCAAAAUAACAAUUUCUAAUAUUUCAUUUAAUUUAAAUAGCAGAAAAUGGCCAAUGUGAUGGUCUGGUCCUCAAUGGGAGGUAUAUUCCCACCUAGUGGUUGCAGCAGGGACUACAACCCAGCAGGGCAGCAGGGGAGGGAACCAGCUCCCAUAGUUGGCAAGGCUGCAUGGAACAACUGCCCAGCUGAAGACAAUGAUGCUGAUUGCCCCGACGCGAGCUGGUCUGUUUGAAGAAGAAAAAGUUGUGGGAGUUUGGAACAUCACGUUACCGAGGAGGAACAUGGAAGAAAGCAAACGAUGAAUGACUACAGGACUCACCUCAUGGUCCCGAUCUCUCAAGACAUCAUACCAAAAAGUGCUAGUAAAAAUGUAGGAAUGAUUAUUUUCACAAAGCACGUAAAAGGGGCUCAUAUUUAUAAUUCCAUAUGAAUAAAAGUUAUAUUCCACUUGUCAG